GUUUUCUGAUAUAUGUUGGGUACCAUAGAGUGAAUCUCAGAACAGGAAGCGGAGGCAUAGCCGAGAGGAUUCUGGAAAGGUCUCUUUGUUUUCUUAUCCACAGAGAAAGCAAAGAAAAAAACAUUGUAAUUCAUUGGUAAACCUCUGUGGCCAAAAAUGUGAACAACUGCAAAGGAAGGCACAUUACACUCUAACCAUCUUGGAUGCUGGGCUUUGUUAUGCUGUGAUCCCUAAGGCUCUGUUUUAUCAGAUCAUGGAGCAAGAAAGCUGACGCCAAGCUGCAUCCCAGUUCAUCAGGGAUGAGAUAUCUGUCAAUGACUUGUGGCAGAGUGGCGUACUGGAAUAAAAAGACAGAAUCUCUUCUAGGGACAGUGUAAGAAUAAAUGAGAUAACUCCCAGAAGUCGCUUGGAGCUGUUCUGGAAAAAGGGGCUGUGAUUAUCUAAGGCAAUUCUUAUGCAAAAAGCUAAACGUAAUUAAAUGUGCAGGAUGAAAAGAUGGCACAGGCACUGCUGGUACCCCCGGGACCUGAAAGCUUCCGCCUUUUUACUAGAGAAUCUCUUGCUGCUAUCGAAAAACAUGCUGCAGAAGAGAAAGCCAAGAAGCCCAAGAAAGAACAAGACAAUGAUGACGAGAACAAACCAAAGCCAAAUAGUGACCUGGAAGCUGGAAAAAACCUUCCAUUUAUUUAUGGAGACAUCCCUCCAGAGAUGGUGUCGGAGCCCCUGGAGGACCUGGACACGUACUAUAUCAAUAAGAAAACUUUUAUAGUAUUGAAUAAAGGGAAGGCAAUUUUCCGAUUCAGUGCCACCUCUGCCUUGUAUAUUUUAACUCCGCUCAACCCUGUUAGAAAAAUUGCUAUUAAGAUUUUGGUACAUUCUUUAUUCAGCAUGCUUAUCAUGUGCACUAUUUUGACCAACUGUGUAUUUAUGACCUUGAGUAACCCUCCAGACUGGACAAAGAAUGUAGAGUACACAUUCACUGGAAUCUAUACCUUUGAGUCACUUAUAAAAAUCUUGGCCAGAGGAUUUUGCUUAGAAGAUUUUACAUUCCUUCGUGAUCCAUGGAACUGGUUGGAUUUCAGUGUCAUUGUGAUGGCAUAUGUGACAGAGUUUGUGGACCUGGGCAAUGUCUCAGCGUUGAGAACAUUCAGAGUUCUCCGAGCAUUGAAAACAAUUUCAGUCAUUCCAGGUUUAAAGACCAUUGUGGGAGCCUUGAUCCAGUCUGUGAAGAAGCUCUCAGAUGUCAUGAUCCUGACUGUGUUCUGUCUGAGCGUGUUUGCUCUAAUUGGUCUGCAGCUCUUCAUGGGCAACCUGCGGAAUAAAUGCUUACAAUGGCCCCCAAGCGAUUCUGCUUUUGAAAGCAGCACCACUUCCUUUUUUAAUGGCACAAUGGAUUCAAAUGGGACAUUUGUUAAUGUAACAAUGAGCACAUUUAACUGGAAAGAUUACAUUGAAGAUGACAGUCACUUUUAUGUUUUGGAUGGACAAAAUGACCCUUUACUCUGUGGAAAUGGCUCAGAUGCAGGCCAGUGUCCAGAAGGAUACAUCUGUGUAAAGGCUGGAAGAAACCCCAACUAUGGCUACACAAGCUUUGACACCUUUAGCUGGGCUUUCUUGUCUCUAUUUCGACUCAUGACUCAAGACUACUGGGAGAACCUUUACCAGUUGACGUUACGUGCUGCUGGAAAAACCUACAUGACAUUUUUUGUCCUGGUGAUUUUCUUGGGCUCUUUUUAUUUGGUGAAUUUGAUCCUGGCAGUAGUGGCCAUGGCCUAUGAGGAACAGAAUCAGGCAACACUCGAGGAGGCGGAACAGAAAGAGGCUGAAUUUCAGCAAAUGCUUGAACAGCUUAAAAAGCAACAGGAAGAAGCUCAGGCAGUUGCAGCAGCAUCAGCCGCUUCAAGAGAUUUCAGUGGAAUAGGUGGCUUAGGAGAGCUCUUGGAAAGUUCUUCAGAAGCAUCAAAGUUAAGCUCCAAAAGUGCGAAGGAGUGGAGGAACCGAAGAAAGAAAAGAAGACAGAGGGAGCACCUUGAAGGAAACAAAGGAGAGGGAGACAGGUUUCCCAAAUCUGAAUCUGAAGACAGUGUCAAAAGAAGAAGUUUCCUUUUCUCCAUGGAUGGAAACCGUCUGACUAGUGACAAGAAAUUCUAUUCCCCUCAUCAGUCUCUGUUAAGUAUCCGCGGCUCCCUGUUUUCCCCACGACGCAACAGCAAAACAAGCAUAUUCAGCUUCAGAGGUCGGGCAAAGGAUGUCGGUUCUGAAAAUGACUUUGCUGAUGAUGAGCACAGUACAUUUGAAGAGAGCGAGAGCAGGAGAGACUCACUGUUUGUGCCCCACAGACACGGAGAGCGACGCAACAGUAACGUUAGUCAGGCCAGUAUGUCAUCCAGGAUGGUGCCAGGGCUUCCAGCAAAUGGGAAGAUGCACAGCACUGUGGAUUGCAAUGGUGUGGUUUCCUUGGUGGGUGGACCAACAGCUCUAACCUCACCUACUGGACAACUUCUGCCAGAGGGCACCACCACUGAAACGGAGGUCAGAAAGAGAAGGCUAAGUUCUUAUCAGAUUUCAAUGGAGAUGCUGGAGGAUUCCUCUGGAAGGCAGAGAGCCAUGAGCAUAGCCAGCAUCCUGACCAACACAAUGGAAGAACUUGAAGAAUCUAGACAGAAAUGUCCGCCAUGCUGGUAUAGAUUUGCCAAUGUGUUCUUGAUCUGGGACUGCUGUGAUGCAUGGUUAAAAGUGAAGCGUCUUGUCAAUUUAAUUGUUAUGGAUCCAUUUGUUGAUCUUGCCAUUACUAUUUGCAUUGUCUUAAAUACCCUCUUUAUGGCCAUGGAACAUUACCCAAUGACUGGUCAAUUCAGCAGUGUGUUGACAGUAGGAAACCUGCUUCGAGUUUUCAAGUUGGCAAAAUCCUGGCCUACCCUGAACAUGCUGAUUAAGAUCAUUGGCAAUUCAGUGGGGGCCCUGGGUAACCUCACCUUGGUGUUGGCCAUCAUCGUCUUCAUUUUUGCUGUGGUCGGCAUGCAGCUGUUUGGUAAGAGCUACAAAGAAUGUGUCUGCAAGAUCUCCAGUGACUGUCAACUUCCACGUUGGCACAUGAAUGACUUCUUCCACUCCUUCCUGAUCGUGUUCCGGGUGCUGUGUGGAGAGUGGAUAGAGACCAUGUGGGACUGCAUGGAGGUUGCUGGUCAAACCAUGUGCCUUAUUGUUUUCAUGUUGGUCAUGGUCAUUGGAAACCUGGUGGUUCUGAACCUCUUUCUGGCCUUACUGUUGAGUUCAUUUAGCUCAGACAAUCUUGCUGCUACUGAUGAUGAUAAUGAAAUGAACAAUCUCCAGAUUGCAAUAGGAAGGAUGCAAAAGGGAAUUGAUUAUGUGAAAAAUAAGAUACGGGAGUGUUUCCGAAAAACCUUUUUGAGAAAGCCAAAAGUUACAGAAAUCCAAGAGGGCACAAAAAUAGACAGCUGCAUGUCUAAUAAUACUGGAAUUGAAAUAAGCAAAGAGCUAAAUUAUCUUAAAGAUGGAAAUGGAACCACCAGUGGUGUAGGUACUGGAAGCAGUGUUGAAAAAUAUGUAAUUGAUGAAAAUGAUUAUAUGUCAUUCAUAAACAACCCAAGUCUCACUGUAACAGUGCCAAUUGCUGUUGGAGAGUCUGAUUUUGAAAACUUAAAUACUGAAGAGUUCAGCAGUGAGUCAGAACUAGAAGAAAGCAAGGAGAAAUUAAAUGCAACCAGCUCAUCGGAAGGAAGCACAGUUGAUGUUGCCCCACCUCGAGAAGGUGAACAGGCUGAAACUGAACCGGAGGAAGACCUUAAACCAGAAGCUUGUUUUACUGAAGGAUGUAUUAAAAAGUUUCCAUUCUGUCAAGUAAGUAUAGAAGAAGGCAAAGGAAAGGUGUGGUGGAACCUUCGGAAAACCUGCUACAGCAUUGUUGAGCACAACUGGUUUGAGACUUUCAUUGUCUUCAUGAUCCUUCUUAGUAGUGGUGCUCUGGCAUUUGAGGAUAUAUACAUUGAACAGCGAAAGACUAUCAAAACUAUGCUAGAAUAUGCGGACAAAGUCUUUACUUAUAUAUUCAUCCUGGAAAUGCUUCUCAAAUGGGUAGCUUAUGGAUUUCAAACAUACUUCACUAACGCCUGGUGCUGGCUAGAUUUCUUGAUCGUCGAUGUUUCUUUGGUUAGCUUGGUAGCCAAUGCUCUCGGCUACUCAGAACUUGGUGCCAUCAAAUCUCUCCGGACACUGAGGGCUUUAAGACCUCUAAGAGCUUUAUCACGGUUUGAAGGCAUGAGGGUGGUUGUGAAUGCUCUUGUUGGAGCAAUUCCCUCCAUCAUGAACGUGCUGUUGGUUUGUCUCAUCUUCUGGCUGAUCUUUAGCAUCAUGGGUGUGAAUUUGUUUGCUGGCAAGUUCUACCACUGUGUUAACACAACAACGGGUAACAUGUUUGAAAUUAGUGAAGUCAACAAUUUGAGCGAUUGUCAGGCUCUUGGCAAGCAAGCUCGGUGGAAAAAUGUGAAAGUAAACUUUGAUAAUGUUGGUGCCGGCUACCUCGCAUUGCUUCAAGUGGCCACAUUUAAAGGCUGGAUGGACAUUAUGUAUGCAGCUGUUGACUCACGAGAUGUUAAACUUCAGCCUGUAUAUGAAGAAAAUCUGUAUAUGUAUUUAUACUUUGUCAUCUUUAUCAUCUUUGGGUCAUUCUUCACUCUGAAUCUAUUCAUUGGUGUCAUCAUAGAUAACUUCAACCAACAGAAAAAGAAGUUUGGAGGUCAAGACAUCUUUAUGACAGAGGAACAGAAAAAAUAUUACAAUGCAAUGAAGAAACUUGGAUCCAAGAAACCUCAGAAACCCAUACCUCGGCCAGCAAACAAAUUCCAAGGAAUGGUCUUUGAUUUUGUAACCAGACAAGUCUUUGAUAUCAGCAUUAUGAUCCUCAUCUGCCUCAACAUGGUCACCAUGAUGGUGGAAACUGACGACCAGAGCAAAUACAUGACUCUAGUUUUGUCCCGGAUCAAUCUUGUGUUCAUUGUCCUGUUCACUGGAGAAUUUGUGCUAAAGCUUAUUUCCCUCAGAUACUACUACUUCACCAUAGGCUGGAACAUCUUUGAUUUUGUGGUGGUGAUUCUCUCCAUUGUAGGCAUGUUUCUGGCUGAGCUGAUAGAAAAAUAUUUUGUGUCCCCUACCCUGUUCCGAGUGAUCCGUCUGGCCAGGAUUGGCCGAAUCCUACGUCUGAUCAAAGGGGCCAAGGGGAUCCGCACGCUGCUCUUCGCUCUGAUGAUGUCCCUUCCUGCGUUGUUUAACAUCGGCCUCCUGCUCUUCCUGGUCAUGUUCAUCUACGCCAUCUUUGGAAUGUCCAACUUUGCCUAUGUUAAAAAGGAAGCUGGAAUUGAUGACAUGUUCAACUUUGAAACCUUUGGCAACAGCAUGAUCUGCCUGUUUCAGAUUACCACCUCUGCGGGCUGGGAUGGUUUGUUGGCACCUAUUCUCAACAGUGCACCACCCGACUGUGACCCAGACACAAUUCACCCUGGAAGCUCAGUUAAAGGAGACUGUGGGAACCCAUCUGUUGGGAUUUUCUAUUUUGUCAGUUACAUCAUCAUAUCCUUUCUGGUUGUGGUGAACAUGUACAUCGCUGUCAUCCUGGAGAACUUCAGUGUUGCUACUGAAGAAAGUGCAGAGCCCCUGAGUGAGGAUGACUUUGAGAUGUUCUACGAGGUUUGGGAGAAGUUUGACCCCGAUGCCACCCAGUUUAUUGAGUUCUCCAAGCUCUCUGAUUUUGCAGCUGCCCUGGAUCCUCCUCUUCUCAUAGCAAAACCAAACAAGGUCCAGCUCAUCGCCAUGGAUCUGCCCAUGGUCAGUGGGGACCGGAUCCACUGCCUCGACAUUUUAUUUGCCUUUACAAAGCGUGUUUUGGGUGAGAGUGGAGAGAUGGAUGCCCUUCGAAUACAGAUGGAAGACCGGUUCAUGGCAUCGAACCCCUCCAAAGUCUCCUAUGAGCCCAUCACCACCACUUUGAAACGCAAACAGGAGGAAGUAUCAGCUGCUAUUAUUCAGCGUAAUUUCAGAUGUUAUCUUUUAAGACAAAGGUUAAAAAACGUAUCAAGUAAAUAUAAUAAAGAGGCAGUCAAAGGGAGGGUUGACUUACCUAUAAAAGAAGACAUGAUUAUUGACAAAUUAAAUGGAAACUCCACCCCAGAAAAAACAGAUGGGAGUUCCUCUACCACCUCUCCUCCUUCCUAUGAUAGUGUAACAAAGCCAGACAAAGAAAAGUUUGAGAAAGACAAACCAGAAAAAGAAAGCAAAGGGAAAGAGGUCAGGGAAAAUCAAAAGUGAAAAGAAAACAAAGAAUUAUCUUUGUCACCAACUGUUUACAGCCUACGAAGGUAAAGUCUAUGUGUCAACUGGACUCCCAGAGGAGGUCUAUGCCAAACUGACUGUUUUAACAAAUACUCAUGGUCAGUGCCUAUAACAAGACAGUGACCUCUCCGUCACUACAACUCUGUGAGUCAGGGUAUCAACAUCGACAAAAGGUUGCUGUUUUCAUUACCAGCUGACACUGCUGAGGAGAAACACAACAACUACCUAGACUGUAGGAUAGUUGUGCAAAGUGAUUGCUGUAACUACACCAAACACCUUUAGUACAGUACUUGCAUCCAUUCUAUUUUUAACUUCCAUAUCUGCCAUAUUUUUACAAAAUUUGUUCUAGUAGAUUUCCCUGGUCACUAAUUCAUAGUUUAUUCAUAAUACUAUGUCACUAUUUUUGUAAAUGACAUUUAAGUUGAGAAAAAAAAGGAUAUAAGAGCCCUGUGUUCCUACUCCAAAACUUUCUCAAAUAAUCAAGACAAAAAUGUUUUGUCUGAGAGAUAAAAUUUUUUCUCAAAACCUGAAAUAAAAUGCUAAUGUCAACAAUUUCAGGUACUUCCAGUUUCUAGAUAACUUUAAUUUUGAAAGUGUUUUAGUCUAUUUUGUUUGUUUAUAUCUGAACAGUUAUGUGCCUGUAAAGUUUCCUCUAAUUUUUAAAGGAUUAUUUUUAUGCAAAGUAUUCAGUUUCAGCAAGUGCAAAUUUUAUUCCAAAUUCCAGAGUUCUAUAUUUAAUUUUGGUUAAAUGCUUUCCAAAAAAAAUAAUCUAAUAAAUUUGUUCUAGAAAGUAUAUCUAAUGUAUCACUUUAGAAUAGCUGUUCUACUUUCUGCUGCAGUAUUGCUUUGCCAUCUUCUGCUCUUAGCAAAGCUGACACUUUAUGUCAAUUAAACACCUUCUGUUAUGUAAAUAGUUAUUUUAUCCUGUGGUGCAUGUUAGGGCAAAUAUAUAUAUAUAUAUGUAUACAUAUAUAAGUAUAUAUACAGCCUGAUAAACAACUUCUAUUAAAUCAAAUAUGUACCACAGUGUAUGUGUCCUUUGCAAGCUUCCAACAGGGAUGUAUCCUGUACCAUUCAUUAAACAUGAAUAGUUUGAGUCUAUCACUAAUGCAUGUUAAUAUUGCCUAUGCUGCUCUAUUUUACUCAAUCCAUUCUUCAUACGUCUUGUUUAGCAGUCACAUGUUGGUGGUAGAGUGAAUUCAACAAGCUCUCUGUCUAGUAUGUCAAGCAGAAUAGCUUGCAGUUAUUUUAAAGCACUUUUUAUUCUGCAUUUUUAAUUUGAGUAUCGUAUGUUUCUCCAGAUUUCAAGGAAAUACACUGUACUGCCUGUUGUCAAAUCUUAUACUUCAUAUUUUGCUAAAAAUAUGUCCCAAACUUGUUUAAAUAUAAAUAAUGUAAAAAUAUGA